AUGAGACUUGAAGGGUUUCGCCCCUCGGGUAACCUGCCAGCUAUUUUACGCAGACUUUUUCCUUUAUUUUUCUUACCUUAUGCUUUUCUGUCUUUCAUUGUAUCUUCUUUGGCUGUUUUUUUUUUUUUUUUAAAUAUUCUGUGUUGCUUUGUCUUAUAUUCUCUUUUCUUGAUUUUCUUUUUUUCUUUCCAUUUUUACUUCUUUCUGUCUUUUGUUUUUUUACAUUCUUGCUUUUUUAUCUUCUUUUACGUUAUUUUAGUUUCUUUUCUUUCUUUUAUUUUUAGUUUUCCGUUAUAUUGUCUCUCUCACAUACAUUCUUUUUUCUUUAUUCCUCUUUUUCUUUUUUUUCUUCCUUUCUAUGCCAUUUUUAUUUUCCUAUCUUUUUUUAUUUAUUGGUCUUCCUUCAUCUCAUUCUACCUUUCUUAUCCUUCUUUCUUAAAUUCGUUUUCUUUUUUCUUUCCUUUUUUUCUUUUCUUUGAUUUCCUUUCUAAUUUAUUUCUUGCUUUCUUCUUCUUUUAUUACAACUUUCUCCUUUUCAGCUUAUUUUCGCUCCCAUUAAUUAUUCGUUAUUUUUCACCCACUCUCUUUCUCCCACUAUUUCAGGUUUAUUUCUUCGUUUUUUUUUCUUUUUUUUCUAGACGUUUUCUUUCGAUUAUCUAUUGUCUUUUCCUUCUUUCCUUCUUCCUCUCUUUUACAUUAUCAGUUUCUUUCUUUUUCUUUUUUUUAUUUCUUAUUUCCCACUACUUUUGUCGGCUUAAUGAUUCCAACCUACCACGGCGCUCUCUCCUCAGCCUUUGCUGUCCACAUAUCUUUUACGCAGUCCUCAUAGCGUUUCUUCCCUUUAUGACAGGCGCUCUCAAAGGACUUCUUCCAUAUAGAAAGAUACGAAUUUGUUUCUCUUCUUGCCACUUAAGAAUUCUUUGGUAUGUUUUGUCUUUCCAUUAUUUUCUUUCUCUCCUCUUCUUUCUCUCGUCUUCUUACUAUCCUCUUCUUUCUCUCCUUUUCUUUCCUCUUCUUUCUCUCUUCUUCUUUCUAUCCUCUCCUUCUUCUUCUACCCUUUCGCUCAUCUCUUUUCUCUCCUCUACUUUCGCUUCACUUUUUAUUCUCCUCUUCUUUCUCUCCUCUUCUUUCUCUCCUCUUCUUACUAUCCUCUUCUUACUCUCCUUUUUUCCUCUUCUUUUCUCUCCUCUCCUUGUUCUCCUACUCUUUCGCUCAUCUCCUUUCUCUCCUCUACUUUCGCUUCACUUUUUAUUCUCCUCUUCUUUCUCUCCUCUUCUUUCUCUCCUCUUCUUUCUCUCCUCUUCUUUCCUCUCCUCUUCUUUCUCUCCUCUUCUUACUAUCCUCUUCUUACUCUCCUUUUUUCCUCUUCUUUUCUCUCCCUCCUUGUUCUCCUACUCUUUCGCUCAUCUCAUUUGUCUCUUUUACUUUACCUCCACUUUUUAUUCUCCUCUUCUUUCUCUCCUCUUCUUUCUCUCCUCUUAUUAUUCUCCUCUUCUUUCUUUCCUAUUCUUUCUCUCGUCUUCUUACUAUCCUCUUCUUACUCUCCUUUUCAUUCCUUCUUUUUCUCUCGUCUUCUUACUAUCCUCUUCUUACUCUCCUUUCCUUUCCUCUUCUUUCUCUCUUCUCCUUUCACUUCUCUCUUUGUUCUCCUACCCUUUCGCUCCUCUCCUUUCUCUCUUUUACUUUAUCUCAACUUUUUAUUCUCCUCUUCUUUCUCUCCUCUUCUUUCUCUCCUCUUCUUUCUCUCCUCUUCUUUCUCUCCUCUUAUUAUUAUCCUCUUCUUACUCUCCUUUUCCUUUCCUCUUCUUUUCUCUCUUCUCCUUUCCUUCUCUCUUUGUUCUUUUUCUCUCAUCUUUUCUCCUCUACAUUCCUUCUUUUUAUUCUCCUCUUCUUCUUUCCCUCUUCUCUCUCGUCUUCUUACUAUCCUCUUCUUACUCUCCUUUUCUUUCCUCUUCUUUCUCUUCUCCUUUCACUUCUCUCUUUGUUCUCCUAUCCUUUCGCUCCUCUCCUUUCUCUCCUCUACUUUCGCUCCACUUUUUAUUCUCCUCUUCUUUCUUUCCUCUUCUUUCUCUCACCCUCUUUCUCUCAUCCUCUGUCUUUCUUUCGUUAUUUUCAAAUCUGUUUUUUUCCUUUUCUCUUCUUUCCAACUUUCUUUUGUUUGUUUUUUUUUUAAUCCCUUUUAUUUACCUUUUCAUAUUUUCUCUAUUUCGUCUUUUCAAAAUAACUUUUUUUUUCUUUUCUACUGUUUGUCUUUUGUCAAUUUUUUCUUUCUUUUUCUUCUCUCAUUCUUUGAAAACUUUUUUUUCCGUUCAUUCUUCUUAUCUUCUUUAUAUCUUUCCUUUGAUUUUGACAUUUUUUUUCCUUUUUUCUCUUUUUCUUCUUUGUCUUUUUAAAAGCUUUUCCUUUUCUCACCUUUUUCUGUUUCAUUUUUCUUUGAAAUAUUUUCUCUUUGUUUUUUUGUUUUGUUUUACUUAUCUUUUCGGCAUCUACUUUAUAUUAAUUUUAUUUUUCUUCUUUUCUUUCUUAUGUAUUUUGUAA